AUGACAUCAAACACCUCCCAAAUGCGGACAGCGUAUCGCUCUCUCCUCCGCGAGAUCCCCACAAAAAGCCGCACUCUCAACGCUUCCUCCCCCCUCCACGAACGCCUCCGCCAGCUCUUCCGCUCCCAAGAACAAACACCCUCCACAACCGGCAGUCCCAGCCCAGUAUCAACACCCAUCUCCGCCACCUCCACAGAAUGUUCCUCCUCAUCUCCGCCUGUCCCAUUCUCACUCCCCACUUCCGCGGAAGAAGCUACUUUGCGCUUCCAGGAAGCUGAGCAACUGGCUAAGUAUGCCCGCGCGCAGCGGACUUAUGUUGAGUUGCUUGAGAGAUAUAACCCCGGCAUGGGUAUGGAUGAGGAGGAGAGGGUCAGGCUUACGGCUAGAAGGGUUGGACUUGAUGUUCCUUCUUUGUAUGAGGCUGAGGGAGACAAGGGGAAGGGUUCGGAGUAA